UUUCACUGCUCCGAUAAUCCACGUUGUUGUGUUUCUCUUUCGGUCACUAACUUUAACCCAAACAAAGUUGAAUGGAUGUUAAUACCGGUUGUGUUCUUCUGUCAGGAGACUGUUGUGUUUUCGUUUGUGUGUCUGGCUCUGAGGCCCCCGCAGUCCCGGAGCUGUCGGACGGCGCAUGCGCAGUGGCGCCGCUGCUCGGUGUCGGAAGUUAGGCUCGCAGUGAUUUAGCUCGGGAGACGGCUAGCAUUUUGAGUUCUGUCCGGGCGCUUAAAACCGCAUUUUUGUCCCCAAAGAGUACAUUUUGACGGAGCGCAGGCGUCUACAGUGAAGCGCCGUGACCUGCCCAUGGACUGGGGGUUUUCUAGGCGCUGCGGGUUGAGCGGACGGACGAGUUAGAGGCGUUUGGAAGAAGUUGUGAUUGUUUUUUUGGCGCUCCGGAGGAACAUGGAGGAUCUUCUGCUGUAGCAGCGGCUAACGCUAGCUGGCUGCCGUCACCCCCCAACAGACCCGAGCUGCUCGUCCGCUUGCUGAAAGCCCCUGAAGCUUGGAUGCUGGACGUCACCGCGCUUACGGAACCAGCACAGACCUGACGCCUCUGUCUCCUCUGCCGUCGACCUGAAGGAGCGCUGAAGCAUGAGACUCCCUCAGGGUCUGAGGAUGGAGGCACAGCUUUUGGAGGCAGCAUUUAGAUGUCACAUGGUGCUCUGAAGAAGCCAUGGGUGGCUGCUUAAGCUGUCCAGAGAAAGAGUCGAUUCCAGAUAAUCAUCAGAGUAAAUUCAAGGUGAUCAACGUAGACGAUGAUGGGAACGAGCUGGGAUCAGGCGUGAUGGAGCUGACCGACGCUGAGCUCGUCCUCCACACCCAUCGCCGUGAUGACGUGAGGUGGCCUUACCUGUGCCUUCGUAGAUACGGCUAUGACUCCAACCUGUUCUCCUUUGAGAGCGGACGCCGCUGCCAGACUGGCCAAGGGAUCUUUGCCUUCAAAUGUUCUCGAGCUGAGGAGAUCUUCAACAUGCUGCAGGAGGUGAUGCACAGUCACAGCAUCAGUGUGGUGGAGGAGGCCGUGCUGGAGCCCAGCCCCCAGGCUCUCACUUCUGCAGCACUGGGUUACUCUGUGCCCACCGUACCCAACGGGGUAGGCAGGCUGCCCUCUGUGGGGGAGGCCUCAUCCCACCCCUCCACCCGCCACCCAUCGGUGGCCAGCACCCGCCUGCCAUCUGUGGGGGAGGAGUCCACCCACCCACUGCUGGUUGCUGAUGAAGGGGUGCACACGUACGUGAACACCACGGGGCUCUUGGACGAACAGCCCAGCCCCCUCACCCUCACCACCCCCCUGGAGAGCCCCACCUCCCCACAGUCGCAGUGUCCUCCCACACCCCCCCCUCCACCCAGGACUCGCACAGAGACGUCGGAGGCGCUCCCCCCGCAGGAGCCCCAGGUGCUCCUGGAGCCUCAGGGGGUGCGCUUUGUGUUGGGCCCCACCCCCGUUCAGAGGCAGCUGAUGGAGCAGGAGAGGAGGCGGCAGGAGUCGAAGGAGGCCGAGGAGCCCCGAGAGACUGAGGGACCCGCGGAGGCGGAGCCUGCUCCACCACACUCCAACGGCUCCACCUCCAGUGCGGUGGUGGCUUCCCGCCGCCAUCGCCCGCCCCCCCUCACCCCUGACCUGCAGAAUGUCAACAACUCCGCCCAGCGGCGCACCGCCCUGCUGGACUACGAGAACCUGCCGGCACUGCCGCCCGUCUGGGAGACGAGGAAACCAAGCGCGGAGGAAGAGGAGGAGCACGCCGCGCUUAAGACGCCGUCACUCAACGGUUACAACCACCACCCCCCCCACAGCCUGCUGCAUCACUCCUAUUCCCACCCGCUGUCCGCCACUUUUGAGCCUUCGCACAACUACGUCAACACGGAGAACGUGACGGCUCCCCUCAGCGCGCACCGCCCCGAAACGGCCCGCCGCCGCUCUGAUGGACCCACCAUCUUUAACUUCGACUUCCGCCGGCCGCCGCUGCCAGGCCACCUGGAGCCCCCCAAGACCUUAAACUACAUCGAGGUGGAGAUGGAAAGCAGCGGGAACAGAGGCGCCUCAGAUGGCAGCAACCCCCAUACGCCCCGCACCCCCACCUCCCCGCUGCCCCCCACCACGCCCACACGCCGCACUGAGCAGUACACCCUGAUUGACAUCGAGCGCACUGCCGCCAUGUCUAGCCUGCAGAAGGCGCGGCCACGCGACGACGGAACGUCGCGCAAGACCAGGCACAACAGCACAGAACUGCCCACCAAGAGCACGGCGUGACUUCCUGCUGCCGCCGCCACCGGCGGGAGGACGAGUGUGGGGGGUAGUGGACUGGACUCGGUGCACGCUUGCCUGUGCACACACGCACGGCAGAUGAACUUCUGGGCGUGACACCCGCCAGAACUAUGAUGUCACAGACUGCAUUCCUUAUAUGGUACACAUCAGUAUUACUGAGCAGCAUUCCAUUAGCCUUUUUGUACGAGUCGCUCCGCUGCGGCGAGACGACGCUCUGCUUCAGUAGAUCUGACGCAAUAAAGUCUGGGUUCUUUUUACCAGCGA